CUCAGACAUACCAAAUCCCCUUACUUUGACACAGUUGCUCAUCUCAAGCCAACAACAAGUCCAGGGACGGGAGAAACAGAGACAAUGAAGCACCUCAUCCUAGUGGGGGCGUGCUAUUUGGACACUAUUCUGACUGUUCCCCAGUUUCCCGAUGAAGACUCCAAGCUACGCGCAACGGCCUUGCAGGUGAGACGCGGGGGCAAUUGUCCCAACACAGCCGAGGUUCUCCAGCAGCUACUCCUCUCAGGAGGUGGCCUGGGUUUUUCAUCAACUCAAAACCAACCAGACAGCGCCGCUGGUGUUGUUGCCGUUACACCGCCACCGUCACAAGAACAACAACAACAACAGCAGCAGCAGCUGAAAUUACACUUGGUUUCUAUCCUGCCCGAUGUUGGGUCUCCCGCCAUUCGCAAAAUCCUGUCAUCCUUUGCAACUCCUCCUGCUCCUCAGCCGUCUCCAUCUUACGACUCUGAGUCUCUGUUCGAGUCUGUGACCAGCGCCGCUUCGGCUACCGCUACCAGUGUUGACUUUAGUCACUGUCUGUAUCGCAAGGGGCACGAUGAAGCAGCCAGUAGUUACAUUAUCCGCAGUGGCGCGACAGGCAGCCGGACCAUUGUGAACUACAAUGAUCUUCCAGAGAUGACAACGGACGAGUUUAUGAAGAUCGCGGAUGGUUUCGUUUCCCUCCAGCAUGACCACAAUGUCGAUGCAAGCUCUAGGGGUUUCAUUGGUGAGGAUUGCUGGUGGCACUUUGAGGGUCGAAUUCCAGAGACAACACUGCAGUGCAUCCGCUACCUACGCCAGGUCCUACCAGGAAGCACCAUCAGCGUCGAGGUAGAAAAGCCAGGCCGGGAGGGCCUUGCUGAGCUGGCCGCGGAAUCUGACGUGGUGUUUUACUCCAAGAGUUGGGCAGAGAGCCGAGGAUACACCAACCCGGAAGCUUGUCUGAGAGGCGAGCUGCCGAAUUGCAAGAAAGCUUCUCUGAUGCUGUGCACAUGGGGAUGUCAAGGGGCUGGUGCUCUCUUCCCUUCACCCGCCGGCACCGGCGGUGGCAACAAUGAGCAAACAGCAGAAGUAGCAGAACCAGACUAUCUGCACUGUUCUACAGCAGAGGUAUUCGAGACCCAGAUAAUCACCGUAGUUGAUACAAUCGGCGCAGGAGAUACUUUCAUAGCCGGCAUAAUGUACGGUUUGUUGAUGGCCUCGCCGAGUGCAACCGCAACCGCAACCGCAACUGCAACCAAAGACCGAUCCUGGAUCCAGUCCACGAGUCAAAAGGAGAAAAAGAAGCUUUUGGCCUUUGCCGUGAGACUGGCUACCCAGAAGGUUCAGAUGGAGGGAUUCAACGGGAUUGUUAAGGGAUGGUGACCGUCACAGGAUGCGGUGACGUUGGUUGUGUACCUAAUUUGCACACUUGGAAUUCCGUUGGCAAGCAAGACAUUGACGAUAUUUUGGAUGGUUUCAGAGCUGGGCUGAUAAGUUCACCCUAGCCAGCGAUAGUGGCCUACCUCAUGUUCGACAAAGCCGAUGGACAGCGGCAGAGGGGAAAUCAAUCACUAUGGGCUGGUUCCGCUCUGCUUGUGAUGAUGAUGAUGGGCAGUUCCCGAGUCCUCAUGUGUAGAGAUAGUCCUGACCAGCUUGCGCUUGGUUUGAGAAUGAUGGGAAAUGAACGUGGAACUGUAUAGUUGAAACCUGACUACUAACGCUUCAUACACUGACUACGUCUAGGCCCUAAAGAGACGCCAGGCCGUGAAGAGAGAGAGAGCGUCGUCAAGAGAGAGAAUCCUGUGACCAGAUGAAAGGAGAGGUGACUUGUACGUCGUCGUAACCGUGGUCGGC